AAAAACCCACGACACCCCUCUCCCCUCCAUCCCCCUUCCUUCCCCCAAAGAGCUUAAUCCCUCCCAACCCUACCCAAAUCCUACACAAAAAUCUCUAAGUUCAGUUCCCACACAAAAAUCGUGCACAAAAAUAUGAGGUUUCAAGCCCACUUCUUCUACAGGUUUGGAGGUUCCUUCCAGAUCUCUUCCUGUGGAGGCAGGUUUAGAGGGGUUGAAUGGAGAGGACUUUCAGGUGAUGGGGAAGGGUGGAGAGGGAGGGAAGAGGGCUUUUAGGAAUGGGGUGGGGAUAGAUGAAGUGAAAAGGAGGAGGAUUGUAGCGAUGGAAGUAUCGAGAGUUGGUAGGAGGGAGAAGUCCUUGGGGGAUAGAGAGAUUAUAGGGGUAAUUAAGAAAGCAAUGGAGAGGUAUAAAGGUGAACUGUUGGAUUUGAAGAGAUUAGAGAAGGCAUCUCCAAAAGAAAGAUUUUCAGCGAAUAACAAAAUUCACUGUUGAUGCCAAAAGUCCCAGUUUCAUAACGGAUCCAAACAAAUUCAGUGAACAAAGUGCGGGAAAUAUCAGCAUAAGAUAUGCAUUAAGAAGAUGGUGAAUGUGGUCCCAUACAUAUGCUUCCACUGACAGUUUGCAGUUAUGGAUCUGUUCUGUAUCCCAAUUGAAACUAUCUUGAAGCCUGUGACGCUUGGAAUCAUUGAGAAUAAAAAUAUCAAAUUUGAGUUAUCUCCCUCCAUUAGUAAAUUAUUAGAAACUGGAAAGGAAAAGUUCCGGGUUGAACUCAGAGGACUCCAACUUUCAAACAACCCUUUCAAGAACUCAUGGCCAAACUACGGGAUGAUUAAUGUAGAUGGUCCUGCAUGGAAGAAGUAUCUAACGCUACCUGAAAUAGAGUUAUCAAGAAAAAGAAAAGAUUUCCCCUUUGAUUUGACAGAAUUUUCCUGCACUACUAAAAAGAGAUGUCAUGUUAUAAGCCUUAGGAAGGAUAGGACUCCAUCAAGGCAGCCUAAGAAUCACGAUGGUAACUGAUACAUUAUCGGAAUGUUCCUGUGUAGAAAUAUAACUAUAAACCAAGUGAUUAAAUACUAUAAAAAGUAUGAAGUUAGUAGCUUCUUUGAUACAAUGGAUAUGAUUGAAGACAGAUUAUUCCCAAAAGAUAAAGAAGAAGAUAUUUCUGUAGUAUCUGAAGGAGUAGAGAUUCCUCUAACAUGCCCUCUCACUCUAGGCUCUUUUUCAUUACCAGCUAGAGGAUAUAAAUGCACUCACAUAGAGUGUUUUGAUCUUGAGAAUUUCUUAAAAACGAACAUCCGGUUCAGAACUUUCAAAUGCCCGUUCUGCAAUAAACCUGCUAAUAUUCUCAAACUAGACUCCUUGGUACACUCCUUAAGCAAGUACAUCAAAACCCACCCAAAAUACCACGACGCACGCAGUGUAACCAUCUCUAAAUCCCUUAGGCUUAUGGUCGACCACAAAGCGACCUCUCUCACCAUCAACGGCUUAGUUGACUUUCACCUAAAAUCCCCCCUCUGGGAGCUCUCUCCAAGCCAUCUUGAGUCUCCACAAGCAGAGGUUCCCCGAACAAAAGUAGGAUUUAAGCAGGAAAUGGAGCCAAAUUCUGAAGAAGUUAUCUUAAUUGAGUAA